AUGCCUUUUUCUGUACCGCAGCUCCGGAGAAAUGACACAUCGGUCAACGGAGAGCAGCGCAAGCCCGUCGGCCACGAUGGACGGGCAACGACCGACGACGACCUGGAUAGUUUCGAACCUCAAGAAGUGCGAGAUCAGAACAUCACCCGAAUUGCGAGUAGCAUACACACGACAUCGUCCAGUCAAAGUCCCUUCUAUGCUGCCCCAGGCGGUCCGCUCGACCCGCAGGGCCCUGCCUUCAACCCAGCGGUGUGGAUGAAAGCUUUCUAUGAGCUUCACCUGAGCGACCAGGACCUUGAAGCUCGUAAUCGAGGCGUUGCUUUCCGGAAUUUGCAUGUUCAGGGCUACGGUAGCGCAACCGACUUCCAGCGCACUGUCGGCAACGUCUUUCUAAACAUCACAUCCGGUGUUAGGAAGAUCAUGGGCAAUAAAGGUCACAAAGUCGACAUCCUCCAUGGUCUCGAGGGAAUCGUCGACCGAGGCGAGAUGCUCUGUGUUCUAGGGCCUCCCGGAUCCGGCUGCAGCACCUUUCUGAAGACUGUCGCUGGCGAGACCCAUGGACUAUACGUCGACGAAAAAGCAUACCUCAAUUUCAGGGGCAUCACACGCGAAGAGAUGACUACUCGCUUCCGCGGAGAGGCAACAUUCAGUGCCGAGGACGAUGCACACCUGCCUACUCUAAGCGUCGGCGACACACUCCACUUUGCAGCGCUGGCCCGAUCGCCACGCGACUUGCCCGAUGGCCUCCGGCGGAGCACGUACGCAAAGCUCCUUAGCGAUGUGGUCAUGGCAGCCUUUGGCAUCAAUCAUACACGCAAUACGCGGGUUGGAGACAAUUUCAUUCGUGGCGUUAGUGGCGGAGAACGCAAAAGAGUCUCCAUAGCCGAAGCCAUUCUCAGCGAUGCGCCCUUGCAGUGCUGGAAUAACAGCACCAGAGGACUGGACAGCGCGAACGCGAUCGAGAUCUGUAAAGCCCUGCGACUAUGUGCGGAUGUCUUUGGCACCACCUCAGCCGUAGCGAUCUAUCAGGCCCCUCAAGCCGCAUUCGAUCUCUUCGACAAAGUUCUGGUUCUGUACGAAGGCCGCCAGAUCUACUUUGGCCCCACUUCAGAAGCUCAGCACUAUUUCGAACAGCUGGGCUUCACCUGUCCGGAAAGUCAAACGACUCCCGACUUCCUCACCUCGAUGACAAGUGCCGGCGAAAGAGUGAUUCGCCCUGGAUGCGAGGCACUUGUGCCGCGCUCGUCAGACGACUUCGCCGCAGCUUGGUCGAACAGCAACAACCGCCGUAUCCUCAUCGAAAGCGUCCAAGCAUACAGCGAGCUGCAUCCGUUUCAUGCCAAAGGUUCGGAAGCUUUCGCACGUGUGCGUAAGCAGGAGCAAGCCCAUCUGCAGCGCACAAGCUCACCAUACACGCUGUCAUACUUCCAGCAGUUCUCGAUCUGUCUGUGGCGUGGCUUCAGGUUGCUGAAGGGCGAUCCCACUAUCACCCUCGUACAACUGACGGCGAACUUCGUGCAAUUCCUGAUCGCCAGCAGCGUUUUCUACAACCUCUCAGCCUCAGCCGACAGUCUGUACUUCCGCGGGAUGAUCUUAUUCACGUCAUUAAUCCUCAACGCAUUUGCGAGCAUACUUGAGAUCUUGACGUUGUAUGCUAAACGCCGGAUUGUCGAAAAGCACAGUCGAUACGCUCUAUAUCAUCCGAGUGCGGAAGCACUUGCUGCCAUGGUCGUGGAUCUACCAUACAAAAUCAUCAACUCAAUCAUCGUCAAUACCACGUCUAUGCUAUUCCGAUUCCUCGGCAGCACGACAAAGACAGCAUCUCAAGCCCUCGCUCCGACUGCCGUCAUCUUGCUAGCGAUCGUCCUGUUCACCGGCUUCUCCAUCCCUGUCAAUGCCAUGCUAGGCUGGUGCCGCUGGAUCAACUAUCUGUCAACAAUGGUCUGGGCGUUCGAAAGCCUGAUGAUCAACGAGCUUGCUGGGCGAACAUUCCCUUGCUCCAACCUAGUGCCAAGCGGACCUGGCUACAACGAUGAGUCGCUCAUCGCAAAGUCAUGCAACAUCGUUGGAGCUACAGCAGGUUCCGACACUGUCGAUGGUACUCGGCACCUUCGCGAGGCUUUCGAGUAUCUGCCCGAUCACAAAUGGCGCAAUUUUGGCAUUCUUCUUGCAUUCUUGGUUUUCUUCCUCGCAUGCAAUCUCGUCUGCAGCGAGCUUGUGGCUUCGGCGAAGAGCAAAGGCGAAGUGCUUACCUUCCAGCGAGGGAAGGUUCCGGCCUGCAUCCGAGGUGCUAAAGAACAUGAUCUGGAAGGUACUGACAGUUCGCGAACGGUGGUUCAGCAUUCCAGCGAGCCAGUCAAGAGCAGUCACCGGCAGAGAUCGGUGUUCCAUUCGCGCAAUGUGUGCUACGACGUGAAGAUCAAGGACGAAACAAGGCGAAUACUGGAUCACGUCGAUGGGUGGGUCAAGCCUGGGACAUUGACGGCACUUAUGGGUGUUUCCGGAGCUGGGAAGACCACUCUGCUGGACACUUUGGCCGAUCGGCUCACGAUGGGUGUUGUUUCCGGUGAUAUGUUGGUCAAUGGACGACUACGUGACGACAGCUUCCAGCGAAAGACCGGAUACGUCCAGCAACAGGAUCUGCACCUCAGCACGGCUACAGUUCGCGAGGCGUUAGAGUUCAGCGCUCUUCUACGGCAGCCUGCAGCUACCAGCAAGCAGGACAAACUGGCUUACGUGCAAGAAGUGAUCGAGUUGCUUGAAAUGCGAGACUAUGCUGAUGCAGUGAUCGGAGAGACCGGAGAAGGUCUGAAUGUGGAGCAGCGAAAGCGACUCACCAUCGGCGUCGAGCUUGCAGCAAAACCGGAUCUCUUACUGUUCUUGGACGAGCCUACCUCUGGCCUGGACAGCCAAACGUCGUGGUCGAUCUGCAUACUGAUGCGGAGACUCGUCAACCACGGUCAGGCAAUUCUUUGCACCAUCCACCAGCCGUCGGCAGUGCUCUUCGAACAGUUCGAUCGGCUGCUGUUGCUGGCUCGUGGUGGCAAGACGGUCUACUUUGGUGAGAUCGGCCGGGGAUUCAAGACACUUGUGAACUACUUCACCAGCAAUGGCGCAAGCGCCCCUCCGAAAGCCGCAAAUCCUGCCGAGUGGAUGCUCUCUACCAUCGGAGCAGUACCUGGUGUUAAGACUGACAUAGAGUGGCCUUCGGUCUGGCAGAACAAUGCAGAGAAGAGCGAGGUGAAUGCUGAACUUGACCGACUUGCUGAGAAGCGCACGACAGUUGGCACGGCCACCGAAGACGACACAGUUGGACAUGAGUUUGCUGCUCCUCUACUCACACAGACCGCCAUCGUCACCAAGCGCAGCUUCCAACAGUACUGGCGCACGCCCAGCUACAUCUACUCAAAAGCCUUCCUCGGCAUCGGUUCGAUGUUCUUCAUCGGCUUUGUCUUCUUCCAAAGCAGCAGAACUCAACAGGGAGUCCGCAGUCAACUUUUCGGAAUCUUCGCAUUACUCACCACUUUCAUGUCCUUUGUGGAGCAAGCGAUUCCGUACUUCGUCAUCUCCCGGUCGUUGUACGAGGUCAGGGAACGACCGUCCAAAACAUACUCAUGGAAAGCAUUCAUGUUCGCGAGCAUCAUCGUCGAGAUGCCGUGGAGCUUGCUCAUCGGCACCGGCAUGUUCCUCUGCUGGUGGUUCCCCAUCGGACUGUACAACAACACUGCCGUCACAAACAGCACAGACUCCCGCGCCACGCUCGCCUUCCUCAUCGUCUGCACCUAUAUGCUCUUCACCAGCAGCUUCUCCAUUUUCAUGAUCGCCGGCAUCGCCACUGCCGAAGCAGCCUCCAACCUGGCCAACGUGCUGGGCUUCGUCAUGCUCCUAUUUUGCGGCAUCCUCGCGACGCCGACGUUUAUGCCAGGCUUCUGGAUCUUCAUGUAUCGUGUGAACCCGUUCACUUACCUGUCCGGAGGCUUGCUCGCCGCCGGUUUGGCGAGAGCGCCAGCGUAUUGCUCGGAUCGAGAGUGGCUGCGGUUCGAGCCACCUGCCGGUCUCACAUGCGGGGACUACAUGGCGGACUACAUCAGCGCUGCGGGCGGGCAAUUGCUACAAGCUGACACGACCCAGACUUGUCAGUUCUGUCCCGUUACUGAUACGGACACGAUCUUGGCGGCUGUGGAUGUCAAGUUCGUGCACAGAUGGCGCGAUUUCGGGAUCAUGUGGGUCUUCAUUGUCUUCAACAUCGGCGCUGCCGUUUUCUUGUACUGGCUCUUGCGCGUGCCGAAGAAGCGUGCAGCUGGGACGGGUGCGAAGCCAGAGAAGGGUUAA